UCGUUCCUCCAAUUGCCAUCACCUCAGAUGGCACAGCGAACCCCUGGGAACACCACGGUCCCUUAAAACCUUGACCAGGGACCCUCCAGCCUCAUAUACAAACACGCUGACUUUCUAAGGAAUCUUGCCCCACCGGAGGGAGAGAGGGAGAGAACAGGUACAAGAGCCCCCAGCAUCAAUGAAAACUCAGGCCUAUCCAGGGGAAUUUCCACGGCGAUCUGACAGCACAAUGAAGGCACUGCUUUUAUUUGUCCUGGGAAUGCGUCUGGUGAUGGGAACUGGACACUGGUGUGAACAUGUAGUAGAGGAGCAAGUGGAGAGGAUAAUCUCCCCCCGUCUGCAGCGGGACGUGGGCUGCUCCAACGUGUACCAGUACAAUCUGCAUGGCUGGAAGCUGGAUGUGGACAGGAUGCGUAAAGAACACGGGGGAGAUGACGGCAUCGCACAGUAUUACAGACAGCAGGGCCUAAAUGCAUCCUGCUACCUGUACAAGCCAGCAGAGAAAGACAGCCAGGUGGUAAACAGAACAGUGCGGGGUUGCUGUGAGGGCUGGGCUGGACCUCGCUGUGCAGAGGGUGUGGGUGUGAGGGGUCGCUGCUACUCCACGUGGAGCUGUGAGGAGUUCCCUGGGGUGCACAACUCCUCCCUGAUGCCCCUGGAGCAGUGCUGCAGCAGCCUUUGGGGACUCAGCUGGAGGAAUGCGUCUGACCUUGCCUGCCUCUCCUGCACCUACUCCCUGCUGGCUGACUCCCCGUCCACACCUGUACGUCGCGGGGGGCCUUUGGGGGCACUCCGAAGCCCACAGGGCUCCGCCACAUGCUUGGCAUGGGGCGGGGCGCACUACCGCACCUUCGACCGAAAGCACUUCCACUUUCAGGGCAGCUGCACCUACAUCAUGGCGUCGUCCACAGAUGGGACCUGGGCCGUGUAUCUAAGCACCGUCUGUGACAAAGAGGCACACUGCACCAAGGCACUGAGAAUGAUGUUAGCAAUGGACCUGGUGUCUAUCCAUCAGGGGAACAUGACACUCAAUGGCCGAAUGGUUCCCCAAGGCCAGGCUCUCUUCCAGAAUGGUGUCAGCGUGCACUGGCUUGGAGACUUUGUGUUUGUGGAGAGCGGGUUAGGGGUUAGGGUGAAGUUUGACAUGGGCAAUAGUGUCUACCUGACCGUCACUGCAGAGCACCUCACUGCCACAAGGGGCCUGUGUGGAGUCUACAACAACAAUGCUGAUGAUGACUUCACCACAGUAGGCGGAACUGUUUCCCAGUAUGCUGCCAGUUUCGGGAACUCGUGGCGGGUCCCUGAUCAGCAGACAGAGGGGUGCAGCGAUGCGGCGGAGCUGGGACACAGCUGUGACGUCGUUGCCGAUCCGACGCUGCGUAAGGAGGCGGAGUUGGUGUGCCACAAGCUGCUGGACAGACCCUUCUCACAGUGUCACCACAGGGUGGAUCCAGCAGCGUACACCGACACCUGCCUGUACCUGUACUGCAGCAUGGCCGUUAGAGAACGGGAGGGGGCCACGUGUGACACGCUGGCCAGCUACGCGCGCGAAUGCGCUCAACAGCACAUUAUACUCAACUGGAGGAGCCCGAAGCUCUGUGAGCGGUUAUGUCCGCGGGGACAGGUGUUUUCCGACUGCGUGUCGUCUUGCCCCCCGAGCUGCUCGUCCCCUCUGCCCCCUGCCCCCGGGCAGUGCCGCGAGGAGUGCGUGGGGGGGUGCGAGUGCCCCCCCGGCCUGUACCUGCACCGCGGGACGUGUCUGGCCCGUGAGGACUGUCCCUGCUUCCACCGCCGGCGCACCUACCAGCCCGGGGACACCAUCCCUCAGAGAUGCAACACCUGUGUGUGUAAAGCAGGACAGUGGGAGUGUUCAAAGGAGAGGUGUGCUGCUCAGUGCAGCUUGCUGGGCGGAAUGCAAGUUACCACCUUUGAUAGCAAGAGGUACACCCUGCAGGGCGGAGACUGCGGCUUCAGGGUGGUAGAGGACUUUGUGGACAGUAAACUGCUGGUGACCGUACAGUGUGGUGCGUGCGCAGCAGGGGGGCGGCACGGAUGCCUGAGGGAGAUGUCUGUCACCGCGUUGCGAACUACAGUGACUGUCAGUGACACAGGUGGAGUGACAGUGAACGGCCAAAGGGAGGCGUUGCCCGUGGUGACGGGAGACCUGGUCGUGCGGCAGGCCUCCUCCUCCUUCCUGGUGAUCCAGGCGUUUGGCGCCCAGCUGAUGUGGCACCUCGAUGGAUCCUUUGCCCUCGUCACCCUCCAGCCUGGCUUUGCCCACAAGGUUCGAGGCCUGUGCGGCACGCUGACCUGGAGCCAGCACGAUGACUUCACCACCCCCGAGGGGGACGUGGAGAGCAGCGUCUCCUCCUUCGCCAGCAAGUUCACCACCGCCGACUGUCUGCCCCCCCGGGGGGCCCCGCCGGACCCCUGCGGCACCUACACGCAGAGGAGGCAGUACGCCGAGACCAUUUGCAGCGUCAUCCACAGCUCUGUGUUUCAGCCGUGCCACGAUGUGGUGGAGAGAGAGCCCUACUGGCGGCUGUGCCUGACGGAGGUGUGCGGGUGUACCCCUCAGAGGCAGUGCCAGUGCACCGUCCUCACGGCCUACGCGCGGCAUUGCGCGGAGGAGGGGGUGCCCGUGGGCUGGAGGAACCACACGUUCUGCCCGGUGCAGUGCUCGGGGGGACAGGUGUACCAGGAGUGCGGGCGCGUGUGCGGCGGCUCCUGCGCCGACCUGCAGCUGGACUGGAGCUGCGAGCGGCAGGGCCGCGGCUGCGUGCCAGGCUGCCGGUGCCCCACGGGGCUGGCGCGGGACGACGCGGGGCAGUGCGUGCCCGUGGGCAUGUGCCCCUGCCUGCUGGGGGACGUCAUGCACCACCCAGGCGACACCAUCCAGAACAACUGCAACACCUGUGUGUGUGAGCGGGGCGUAUGGAACUGCACUGAGGAGCGCUGUCCGGAGGUGAGCCAGUGUCCCGGGAUGCUGGUGUACUCCCCGCGCUCCUGCCUGCGCACCUGCUCCAGCCUGGACUCCCCCGGACCCUGCGCUCAGCCUGUGUACGGCUGUGUGUGCCCUGAGGGCACAGUGCUGCUGGGUGACCGCUGUGUCCCCCCAGCUGAGUGUCCCUGUCACCACAACGGCAGAAUGUACUACAACAACGACACAAUCACUAAAGACUGCAACACCUGUGUGUGUCGGGAGCGGCGAUGGCACUGCGGGAACUCCCUCUGCGCGGGGACCUGCGUCGCCACGGGCGACCCGCACUACGUGACCUUCGACGGGCGCUGCUUCUCCUUCCUGGGGGACUGCGAGUACGUGCUGGUGCAGGAGAGGGAGGGGCUGUUCAGCGUCAGCGCCGAAAACGUGCCCUGCGGCAGCACGGGCGUCACCUGCACCAAGUCCGUCACCCUCACCAUGGGCAACACCGCCAUACACCUGCUGAGAGGGAAAUCGGUGACGGUGAACGGCAUGCCCAUCGCUCUGCCCAGGACUUACACUGGCAGCGGACUGAGCCUGGAGCGGGUCGGCCUCUUCGUGUCCCUCUCCUCCCGGCUUGGGCUCACACUGCUCUGGGAUGGAGGUAUGCGGGUGUACGUGCGCCUCUCUCCAAAGUUCCGUGGGAGAGUGGGGGGUCUGUGUGGGAAUUUCGACGGCGACUCGGAGAACGACUUUGUCACGCGCCAGAGUAUCGUGGAGUCCAUCGCUGAGCUCUUUGGCAACUCCUGGAAGGUCAACCCAUCUUGCCCUGAUGUCAAAGAUCAGGACCUACGAGACCCAUGCGCUAUAAACCCUCACCGUGUGACAUGGGCCAGGAAGCGCUGCUCCGUGAUCACCCAGGAGCUGUUCUCAACUUGUCACCAGGAAGUGCCCUUCCAACAGUUCUACGACUGGUGUGUCUUUGAUGCCUGUGGCUGUGACUCUGGUGGGGACUGUGAGUGUCUGUGCACAGCCAUUGCUGCCUACGCUGAGGAGUGCAAUCGCAGAGGAAUCUACAUCCGUUGGAGGUCCCAGGCACUCUGUCCCCUUCAGUGUGAGAAUGGUCUGGUGUACGAGGCCUGUGGAUCGGCCUGCACCCCCACCUGCUCCAGCAGCACACAGAGCUCUGACUCUGACUGCAGCGCCCUCUCCUGUGUGGAGGGCUGCUUCUGCCCCGCUGGAACUGUCUGGAAUGGCAAUAGCUGCAUUGCGCCCUCACUCUGUCCCUGUGAGUGGGAGGGCUCUGUGUUUCCCCCUGGAUCUGCUGUGACUCAAGACUGUCAGAACUGCUCCUGUGCAGCUGGUAGCUGGCUGUGUGAAGGCACCCCGUGCGCCCCGCCCUCUCCCUGCCUGGAGUUGGAGUUCCAGUGCGCGACCGGCCGCUGCGUCCCCUCCCUGUGGGUGUGCGACAACGAGGACGACUGCGGGGACGGCUCGGACGAGCUGUGCGCCGCCACCUGCGCCCCGGGCCUGUUCCACUGCGCCAGCGGCCCCUGCCUGGACCAGGCCCUGCGCUGCGACGGCCAUGCCGACUGCGCCGACCAAUCGGACGAGGAGUUCUGCGCCCCCGCCACCCCGCUUCCCCUGUGCCCCCCGGGCGAGUUCCAGUGCGCCAGCGGCCGCUGCCUGCCCGCCAGCCGCGCAUGCGACGGCCGUCCGGACUGCGGCUUCGCCGAUGACUCCGACGAGCAGGACUGCGGCUCGGCGUGCGGCCAGGGCGAGUUCCGCUGCUCGGGCGGGCGCUGCGUGCCGUACCUCCACCGCUGCGACGGGCACGACGACUGCGGGGACAUGAGCGACGAGCGAGGGUGCGCCUGCCGCCCGGGCGAGCUGCAGUGUCCCGGGGGCCAGUGCGUCCCCGCGGAGAGGGUGUGCGACGGGCACAGGGACUGCCCCACCGGCACGGACGAGGCAGUCUGCCCCCCCACAGUGACCUGUGCCCCUGGUCAGUUUCCCUGUACUGACGGUACUUGUGUGACGAGGGCAAAGCUCUGUGAUGGGGUAACAGACUGCCAGGGUGGAGAGGAUGAGCACCAGGCUAACUGCCACACCGUCACCGUGGCUACUGUAACCGGGCCGACACCAGUCGCGUCAGUUACGCCACCUGUUUCUACUUCUGGCUGUGGGCGGUAUGAGUUUCGCUGUGCCAGCGGGCAGUGUGUGCCGCGGGCGUGGCGCUGCGAUGGCGAGACGGACUGCAGGGACGGCAGUGACGAGCAGCGGUGCGAGCGGGACUGCGGGCCGGGGCAGUUCCUCUGCCUGAGCGGGGACCAGUGUGUGGAGCACCAGCAGCUGUGUGACGGGUCCCCACACUGCAGGGACGCGUCUGACGAGAGCGUGGACAACUGCGGCUCCUCUCAGAUCCCUCCAUGUCCCGGGAGUUUUCGGUGUGAUAACCGCACGUGCGUGAACAUGUCCCGAGUGUGUAACGGUGUGGCAGACUGUCCACAGGGCGAGGACGAGCUGUUGUGUGCCAGGCCUACGGCAACCCCUGCUCCACCAGGCUCCGGAAACACUAGCCGUACCUGCCCAGAGCACACCUGCCUGGAUGGCACCUGUCUCUCCUUCAAAGAGGUGUGUAACGGUAUCCCAGAAUGCCCUGACAACGGGGGACCCUCUGACGAGCAGGGCUGCAGAACCUGGGGACCCUGGGACUCCUGGGGCCCCUGUAGCCACACCUGCGGGACGGGCUCUAAGAGCCGGCAGAGACGCUGCCCACCGGGGGACGCCCUCCGCCACUGCAGGGGGGAAGACGUGCAAACGCAGCAGUGUUUCUCCGUGUCCUGCCCAGUUGACGGCCAGUGGUUGCCAUGGGUAACAUGGUCCAACUGCUCCAAAGGCUGCGGAGGCGUGGAGGUCCGGCAGAGGGGGUGUGUCCCUCCUCAGAACGGGGGCAGGGCCUGUACGGAUCUGUCUGAGGAGCCUGCCGUGUCCACUGAGAUCAAGCCUUGUCCCCAGGACAGCUGUGCCAAUGCCUCGUGUCCAGGAGACCUGAUCAUGAGAAGCUGUGCCUCCUGCCCCCUGACCUGUGCCCACCUGGCCAGCAAUGCCACAUGUGACGUCAACACAACCUGCUUCUCAGGCUGCUGGUGUCCCGAGGGGUGGGUGAUGGACCACGCCCAGCGGUGCGUUCGGGCGGAGGAGUGCGUCUGCGAGGUUUCGGGCGUUCGCUACUGGCCCGGGCAGCAGGUGAAGGCGGGGUGUGAGAUCUGCACCUGCGUGAGGGGCCGACCCCAGCGCUGCCGGCCCAACCCCGAGUGUGCAGUGCAUUGUGGGUGGUCGUCCUGGUCCCCGUGGGGAGAGUGCCUGGGCCCGUGUGGGGUGCAGAGCGUCCAGUGGUCCUUCAGGAGCCCCAACAACCCCACUAAGCACGGCAACGGGCGGCAGUGCCGGGGGAUAUACCGCAAAGCUCGCCGCUGUCAGACAAACCCAUGUGAUGAGUGUGAGUUCCAAGGCCUAACCCACGCUAUCGGGGACCACUGGAGGGGGGGGCAGUGCCAGCUGUGCCAGUGCCUGCCCAACCUCACCGUGCAGUGCGCCCCCUUCUGCCCACACUCUGCCGGGUGCCCUGAGGGGCAGACCCUCGUUCCAGCAGAUGGAGACAGGUGUUGCUAUUGUGCAGAAACAGCUGGCAAUGGCACCAUCGUCCUGACAACCCCAGCGUCUCUCCCCAUCAGCAUCGUGCCCUCCAUGCCACCAGAGGGCCCCCUACACCCGAUUCCCACCUAUCCCCUUCCUGCUGCUGAUGAAUGCUGGAGUCCUUUGGGGGUACAGUCUCUCCCGGAUUCCAGUUUCAACGCCUCCUCGCAGCAGAGGGGCCACCCGCCCUCGGCGGGGCGGCUCUACGCCCGGGACCCCCACAGCGACCUGCAGGGCUGGAGCCCGGAGCCGGAGCAGUACCGCGACCUGCCACCGUGGGCCCCCGAGGUCCACUACAGCGACUACAGCGACCGCGCCGUACAGCCGCCGCACCUGCAGCUGGACCUGCUCACGCCCCGCAACAUCACGGGUAUCAUAACCCAGGGUGGAGGUGUGUUUGAUGCAUUUGUGUCCAGUUUCUACCUGCAGUUCAGUAAUGAUGGGAGACAGUGGUACACCUACCAGGAGCUGAUCACUGAUGCUCGCCCUCGAGCCAAGGUGUUCCUUGGUAACCGCGACGACAGCGGCGUGGUGCAGGUCCGGCUGGACAGAAUGGUGUCCGCGCGGUACGUGCGCAUCCUACCGCACGACUUCCAGAACGGAAUCUAUCUGAGGGUGGAGCUGCUGGGCUGUGGAGAAGGUCCCCAGGAGCUGUCCACCCCUUCCCCCUCCGUGCUGCCUCUUACCCCCUGGAGGCCUUGCCGGGAGCAGGAGUUCCGUUGUGGGAACGGGCGCUGCGUGCCCGCGGGACCCCAGGGGGUCUUAUGCAACGGGGUUAACGACUGCGGGGACGCCUCAGACGAGCUGCACUGCGGUUCCCAGCCCCCUCCGACAUCACGUAGCCCUCAGGGCUGCCUGAGAGGGCAGUUCUCCUGCCCGCCACCAGGGGGCUGCAUCGAAGCGGCUCAGCGUUGUGACGGAGUGCCACACUGCCCUGAUGGAGCUGAUGAAAGGAGCUGCUUCCCCGGCUCGAACUUCACCACCCCUUCCCCAGGAGGGCCGUCCCGUCGCAGCACCCCUGGCAUGGCCGCUGUCACUUUGCCCCAGCUGGGCACCUCUGCGGCACCCGGAGAAGGGGAGCCUGGAUGGAAAGGCAUCUGCUCCUCCCCUCUUGGCCUGGAGGACGGUCGGAUCCAAUACGGCCAGCUGAGCUCCUCCACGAAUCGCCAGAACAACCCUGCCGACGCCGGCCGUCUCAACAUCGUGCCGAAUGUGCUGAUUAUGGAGCCGGGGUGGAGUCCCCUCCAGGAAGACCCCCAGCCCUACUUCCAGGUGGACCUGCGGGAGCCCACCUGGGUGUCCGGGGUCGUAAUGCAGGGCAGCGAGGGGACCUCCGGCUACCUCACCAAAUACCGCCUGGCCUUCGCCCUCGUGGAAGGCAACUUCACAGACUACAAUGAGAAGUCAGACAGAGGCUCCCCGAUCAAGGUGUUUGACGUCCGCAUGGUGGGCAGGACCCCGAUUACCCGAUGGCUGGGCAGGCUGGUGCGGGCGCGCUUCCUCCGCAUCAUCGCCGUGGAGUUCCGCCACACCUUUUACCUCCGAGUGGAAAUCCUGGGCUGUAAAUUAGAUGAGUUGGUUACCCCCAGCAGCGCCACGUUGCCCCCAGGCGGAGGCGCGGUCACCCCUGUGCUCUGUGAGAGCGGGCAGUUUGCGUGCCACGGCGGAGGCUGCGUCCCCGUCUCCGCGCUGUGUGACGGCCAGCAGGACUGCGCCGACCACUCCGAUGAGCUGGGCUGCGGUACAAGUGCAACCACAAGACUCCCCGGUCUCCAGGACCGGACCGGCCCCACGGGAAGUCCAGGCGUUCUGGGCCCGACCACGCCCAAGAGGUCCUAUCACACCGGGGGUCCGGGGCUCCACACCAAAGAGCCGCAAGAUGGGCGGCCAGGACUGGAGACCCCAGCGUCACACACCACAGGGGCCCCAGGGCUGGGCCCAGAAGAUUCAGGGCCCACAGGAAAACCAGGCAUUCAUGACAUCAGCGGUUUCACGCCAACGCCCACAGAUGAAGGCCUACCCAGAGUCUUCUGCGUGGAAGGCCAGUUUGCCUGUCAGACGUUUGGCUGCGUGGACACCAUGUUCGUGUGUGAUGGACAGGAAGACUGUCCAGAUGGCUCUGAUGAAGAUCGGUGUGGAAGUCCAUCUCCACCUCCAGUGCCUGUGGUGCCAUCAGGGCGCCCCCUGGUGCCUAGCCCCUGUUCUGCAAAGCAGUUCUCCUGUGGCAGUGGGGAGUGUGUGCACCUGGACAGGAAGUGCGACCUUCAGAAGGACUGCUUGGACGGGUCUGACGAGAAGGGCUGCGUGGACUGCAUCCUGUCCCCCUGGACCCAGUGGAGCCAGUGCAGCGUCUCCUGCGGCCUGGGGUCCCUGUUCCGCCAGCGGGACGUCCUGAGGGAGGCCCAGCCGGGCGGGGAGUGCGGGGGCGCUCUGUUUGACAGCCGCGCCUGCUUCACCCAGGCCUGCCGCGUGGAUGGUCAGUGGUCCGAGUGGACGGAGUGGUCCCAGUGCAAUGUGCAGUGCAGCGGAGGUGUGCGCGUGAGGAACAGGUCCUGCUCCAACCCCCCUCCCAAAAAUGGCGGGCGGGAGUGCCAGGGCAUGACCCUGCAGACCCAAGGCUGCAACACCCAGCCCUGUGGGCCCAGCAUCGACUCACACACAGGCUGCAGCAGUGGAAUGGUGCUGGUCAAAGAGGCAGAUUGCCUGGCUGGCAGAGUAGAGCCAUGCCCACUGACCUGCCCAGACAUCUCUUCUCAGAGGAACUGUACCUCACUCUGCAUCACAGGCUGUCGCUGUCCCGCUGGCCAGUUCCUGCAGGAGGGGCACUGUGUUAAUGCCAGCCAGUGUGCCUGCUUGUGGGAAGGCGGUGUCCUUCAGCCUGGCGAGGAAGUCAUCAAGGGGAACUGCAGCACAUGUGUUUGCCUUGAUGGGCAUGUCUCCUGCAAUGACACCUCCUGCAUUACUCUCUGUGAUUGGUCAGCCUGGUCGUCAUGGACACCAUGUGACAGCACCUGUGGCAUUGGCCUACAGCAGCGAUACAGGUCUCCUGUCACCCCAGCUGGCCGGAUCAGACCCCCCUGUCCUGGGGACUCCACCGAGGCCCGGCAGUGUUUUACGCCCUGUCCCACAGGGCCGGAUCAGCAGGGGGCGCCAUGGGGCCAGUGGACGGCGUGGUCUCAGUGCAGCAAGUCCUGCUUCCUGCACGUGGACGAGGUGGGGCAGAGGAGGAGGUUCCGCAGCUGCAAUCACACAGACAGCACCUCCUGCCAGGGGGAGACAGAGGAGCAGGAGCCCUGCAACACCCUGCUGUGCCAAGUGCACGGCGGCUGGUCGCCAUGGUCGCUGUGGUCCGCGUGCUCCUCGGACUGCGACUCGGGGGCUCAGACCAGGCAGCGACUGUGCAGCUCCCCUCCCCCGCAGCACGGGGGUCAGCCCUGCCCCGGCCCGCACAUUCAGACGCGCGACUGCAACACCCACCCCUGCUCAGAGGUGUGUCCUCCGGGGAUGACCUACAUGAGUGCCGACCAGUGCGAGGUGCACGGAGGGGCGUGUCCACGGGUGUGCCUGGACAUGACGCCCACGGUGGAGUGCGCCACCGCCUGCUACGACGGCUGCUACUGCACCCCGGGCUUCUACCUGUUCAACAACUCCUGCGUGCCCCUGGCUGAGUGCCCGUGCUACCACCAGGGGGCGCUCCACGGCCCGGGAGAAAACGUCUCACUGGACGCCUGCAACAACUGCACAUGUAAUAACGGAGAGAUGGAGUGUGGAACAGAGCCAUGCCCUGUUGACUGUGGCUGGAGCAGCUGGACAGGUUGGAGCAUGUGCAGCCGGACCUGCGACGUGGGCGUGAGGAGGCGGUACCGCUCGGGGACCAAUCCCGUGCCGGCCUUCGGGGGGCGUGCCUGUGAGGGAGACAGAGUGGCGAUGGACUCGUGCAGCCUGGAGCCCUGUCGGGGUAUGAAGGAGCCGUGGAGCUCAUGGUCGGAGUGCUCCGUGUCCUGCGGUGGGGGGUACAGGAACAGGACUCGAGGGGUGCAGAAAACCCACGGGACGGCGCAGCAGUUCAGCGCCUGCAACCUGCAGCCGUGCGGUAAUGAGCUGAUCUGUCCAGGGGAGCAGCAGUGGUCAGCGUGCGUGAGGAUGCCGCUGACCUGCUCUGACCUCAGCGCAGACUUGACCAACACGAGCUGUACCCCGGGUUGUCAGUGCCCCCAAGGCCUAGUCCUCCAGGAUCGACACUGCGUCUCCGAGUCCCAGUGCCGCUGCGAGGUGGACGGGAAACAGCACGAGCCGGGGGAGACCGUGACCAGGGACUGCAACAACUGCACCUGCAUGUCAGGCCAGCUGGUAAACUGCACCGAAGUGGACUGUAACGUGGAUGGCCAUUGGUCGCCCUGGACCCCCUGGAGCGAGUGCUCGGUGACGUGCGGCCCGGGGCUUCAGGCUCGGUACCGGUUCUGCUCCGACCCCGAGCGGUCCGGGAGCGGGCUGCCCUGCCUGGGCCCGGACCGGGAGGACCAGGUCUGCGUGCUGCCCGCCUGCGACCGGAACGGGGGCUGGGGCAACUGGAGCGUGUGGACGGACUGUACCAAGUCAUGCGGCGGGGGAGUGCGCACCCGCAGGCGGGAGUGCGACAGUCCAGCGCCCGAGGGGGAGGGGGACUACUGCGAAGGCCAGGGAACGGAGAUCAGCCUCUGCAACACUGACCACUGCCCAGUUGCUCCCUGCACUGAGGUUCCAGGAACAGCGUUCAGCAGCUGUGGGCCCUCCUGUCCCCGCUCCUGCGAUGACUUGGCCUACUGCGACUGGCGCUGUGAGCCCGGAUGUUACUGCACGGGCGGAAAAGUGCUGAACGACAACGGGACGUCCUGCGUGGAGACUGAUGACUGCCCCUGCCUGGACCUGAGCACCAGUCAGCGUCUGCCACCCGGGGGCACCGUCCUGAACACCGACGGCUGUAACAACUGUACCUGUGAGGGAGGAAGACUCUCCUGUGGUAGUGACCCCUGUCCAGUGGACGGAGGGUGGUGCGAGUGGUCCAGCUGGACCCCGUGCUCUCGGACCUGUGGAGCAGAGCGGGUGUCCCGCUACCGCAGCUGUGGAUGCCCCGAGCCGAAGGGGGGUGGAGCCGCCUGCCCUGGGGUGCAGGAGGUGCACGGAGGGGUGGGGGUGCAGAUCCAGAGACAGCCCUGUCCCGGCAUCAGCUUCUGUCCAGUCCAUGGGUCGUGGGGCCCCUGGGGCUCAUGGUCAGAGUGUGACGUGUGUGCGGGGGAGUCCGUGCGCAGCAGGGAGUGCAACAGCCCCCCUGCCAGGUUCGGCGGGCUGCCCUGCCUCGGGGAGGGACGCCAGAGCCGCGGUUGCCACGACAACGUCACCGACUGUUCGGAGUGUGGUGGAGGUCAAGAAGAAUGGCCUUGUGGGAAGCCGUGUCCGCGCUCCUGCUCUGAUCUCCACGUGGACACCGUGUGCGUAGACACGCCUGAGUGCCGUCCCUCCUGUGGUUGCCCUGGCGACCAGCUUCUACAGGACGGGCAGUGUGUGCAACGUGAGGAGUGUCGCUGUAAAUUCCACAACACCACUGCAGGGGAGCUGGGUUCAGGUAAUGCUACCUUGACCUGGCCGGGUCUCCCAGACUGGCAGUUUGCUGAACCUGGAGAUACCAUCAUCAGCGCUUGUAACAACUGCACCUGUGAAGAGGGCGUCCUAAAAUGCCAAUCCGUUCCCGGUUGCCAUGUGGAUGGUGGAUGGAGCCAAUGGGGAGCGUGGUCAGAAUGUUCGGCCCCGUGUGGGGGUGGAGUCAAGCUCCGGUCACGACAAUGCGAUAACCCCAGCCCCCAGAAUGGUGGGAGGGGCUGCGCAGGGGUAUCCGAGCAACAGAAGGACUGUAACACCCAGCACUGCACAGAUUCUGGUCCCUGGUUCGACUGGUCGCCCUGGUCCGAGUGCACGGUGAGCUGUGGUGGGGGCGAGCAGUCCCGGACCCGCGAGUGUCGCUUCCCCCCCUGUCCCGGGCUGAAACGGCAGAGUAAAACCUGCAACACCCAGGUGUGCCUUGAGGUGGGGUGCCCGCCUGGCCGUCUGUACCGGGAGUGUGAGAGGGGCGAGGGGUGUCCGUUCAGCUGCGCCCAGGUCAGCGGGCGUGAGGGCUGCUACUCCGAAGGCUGCGAGGAGGGGUGCCACUGCCCCCCCCAAACCUUCCAGCACCGCGGCUCCUGCGUGCAGGAGUGUCCCUGUGAGGUGGAUCGGGAGCUCUUGUCCUUGCUGCAGAACGUGUCGGUGACCUCUGACCCUCAAGAUGCUGGAGCACAAAACCUGACGGAGGGGGCGGUGCUACAGUCUGGAGAGACGUUCAUACACCAGUGCAGCUCAUGCUCCUGUCAGCACGGGCGGUGGAACUGCUCCCUCGAGCCGUGCCCGCUGGACGGGGGCCUGUCCCCCUGGGGCCCCUGGGGGCCCUGCUCGUUGUCCUGCGGCGGUCUGGGGCAGAAGCACCGCGCCCGGAGCUGCAGCGACCCGGCCCCGGCGCACGGGGGGCAGGACUGCCAGGGCCCGCUGAGGGAGAGCGCCUACUGCCAGGCCCCCGACUGCCCAGUGGUCACAGUUCCCACAGAAGAGCCCACCGGUCCAGAUGAGGAUGCAGGUUUCUCUCCAUGGUCUGCGUGGAGCUCCUGCUCUCGGUCCUGCACUGAUACUCUGAACCCGGCUCUGAAGUCUCGGAAGAGGGAGUGUGUCCGUCCGCCCUGUGCUGGGGAGAUUCGCCAGGAGAGAGCCUGCAACCUGCCCCAGUGUCCAGACGGAGGACCCUGCCAAGGUGAGAGCUGCGCGGCGAGGAACUGCUCGUGGACGGACUGGGGCGACUGGGGGGCGUGCUCUCGCUCCUGCGGCGUGGGCCAGCAGCUGCGAAUCAGGACCUACCUGUCGCCCGGCGUCAGCGGCUCCUGGUGCGAAGGCAUCCUGGGCGGGAACAUCGAGAGCCGCUUCUGCAACAUCCGCGCGUGCAGAGUGGAUGGAGGCUGGUCUCGCUGGAGCCCGUGGUCUCGCUGUGACAAGCAGUGUGGGGGUGGGCGCUCCAUUCGGACCCGCUCCUGCUCCAGCCCCCCUCCCAAAAACGGGGGGAGCAACUGCGAGGGGGAGAAGAACCAGGUGAAGCCGUGCAACACCAAACCCUGCGACGACGGAGGGUGCCCACCCGGGCAGGAGUUUGUGCCGUGUGCCAACGAGUGUCCCCAGCGCUGCUCGGACCUGCAGCAGGGCAUCCGGUGCCAGGAGGGCACAGAGUGCCAGCCCGGCUGCCGCUGCCCGCCAGGUCGGCUGCAGCAGGACGGCGCGUGCGUGCAGACGUGGCAGUGCGACUGCGCAGACAGCCUGGGCCAGAGCUGGGCGGCGGGCAGCUGGCACCAGCACGACUGCAACAACUGCAGCUGCGCGGACGGCGUCCUGUCCUGCACCAAUCAGAGCUGCGGAGAGGCCACGUGCACGUGGAGCUCCUGGUCGGCCUGGGCGCCCUGCAGCGCCUCCUGCGGGUCGGGGCAGAGGACGCGUUUCAGGUCGUUGACCCCGGACUCGGGCGACGCGGACUGCCAGUUUGAGGAGGUGCAGAACAAACCGUGUGACCUCGGGCAGUGCCCCCCACUCUGUCUCCACGACGACCAGGAGCUGUCAGUCGGGGACACGUGGCUGGAGGGAGAGUGUGAGCAAUGCACCUGCACACCAGAAGGAGACUACUGCCAGGGCAUUGACUGUCAAGUCGACGGCGGCUGGACUCCGUGGUCCGUGUGGUCCGACUGCCCCGUGACCUGCGGGCGCGGGACCCAGAUUCGAACCCGCGCCUGCAUCAACCCUCCGCCACGCAACAACGGGACGCGCUGCCCGGGACCUGAGAGAGAGGCCCAGGACUGCCCCGUCCCCCCCUGCCUCGAUGACCUUUGCCCUUGGUCUCGCUGGUCCGUGUGCUCCCGCGGCUGCGGCGCGGGGGUGACCUUGCGCCGCAGGAAGUGCGCGUGCGACGAGGCGGGGGAGACCGCCUGCCCGCCCGAAAUUGAGGAGGAGCGGCACAAGGAGGAGACCCGGCUCUGCUACGAACAGCCCUGCCCCGACUGCCCCAUGUCUGCUUGGAGUGAGUGGACUAAUUGCUCCUGCGUGUCCCAGAUGCAGCAGCGCUACCGCGCACCGCUCUCUCCCGCCAUCAGGGGGCAGCAGUGCCCAGGGCUGGAGACACAGAGCCUGGCCUGCCAGACUGGAGACUGUGAGGACUGCGAAGAGCCUUUCGAGUUUUUGGAGUGUGGCACCCCCUGUGAGAAGCAGUGUGCACUGCAGGGACAGAAGGAGACCUGUGCAGUAUCCCCACAAUGCACACCUGGCUGUUACUGUCCUCAGGGCCUGUUGCAGCAGAACGGAACGUGUGUUCCCCCCGAGCAGUGCGGCUGCGUGUAUCUGCAGCACCUGGACACCGGGAGCCCCAUCGCUGUCACCGUCCAGCAGGGGGCGCUGGUGAAAAUGGGCUGCAGCACUUGCCUCUGUCAGAAUGGAACACUGCAGUGUGACACUCGAGAGUGUGAAGCUUCCCUAAGCGAGUGGUCAGAGUGGACCCCCUGCUCCCCCUGCGUGCCCGCCUCCACCCUGCGCCCCAACGUCGCCCCUCCGGACAGCGCCCAGCUGCUGUCGGUCCAGCGGCGCUUCCGGGCCUGCCUGGACCUGGACUCCGGCCUGCCGGUCGGCAACGAGACGGCUCAGUGCGCCGGGGAGCUGGAGGAGGAGAGGCUGUGCCCAGACCCCACCGCGUGCCAAGAUCUGUGUCAGUGGAGUGUGUGGGGCCCGUGGAGUGCCUGUCGUGACCCCUGCAGUGGUGGCUUCAGGCAGCGACACAGACAGCCACAAGUCAACCCUCCAGGACCCCGUUGUCGGUGGCAACAAUCCCAGACACAGAGCUGCAACACUGCACUUUGCCCAGGAGAACGGUGUGAGGACAGGGGGCGGGCCUACCGCGUUUCCUGCGCCAAUCAGUGUCCCCGGAGCUGCACUGACCUCUGGGAGCACGUGCAGUGUCUACAGGGACCCUGUCACCAAGGCUGUCGAUGCCCGGACGGCUGGCUGCUUCAGGACGGGGCGUGCGUCGAGGUGUCCGCGUGUCGCUGUGGCAUCCCUGCGGAGAACGGCACCUUGGAGAUCUUACCGGGAGGGAACAUCACCGUGGACUGCAACACCUGCCUGUGUGAGAACGGCUCUCUGGUCUGCUCGGACCUGCGCUGCCCGGUGUACGGGGCCUGGGGGCCCUGGAGCAGCUGCUCCGCCUCCUGUGGGAGGGGCCAGAGGACCCGGAGCAGGCUGUGCCAGGCCACGGAGGGGGGGCCACCCUGCACCGAGACUGACCAGAAUGAACCCUGCCUGCUGCUGCCCUCCUGUCCAGCGGGCUGUGUUCUGAGCGAGUGGUCACCCUGGAGCCUGUGCAGCGCCUCCUGUGGUGGAGGACUGUCGGUGCGAAACAAGACCAUAUUACAGCCGCCUCAGCCUGGGGGCCAGGACUGCCCCUCUCCCCUGGAGCAGCACACUGCCUGCAAUACACACAGCUGUCAGCCAGAGUGCCCCGAGGGCCAGGUGUUCAGCUCCUGUGCCAGCUCCUGCCCCUACACCUGCGCGGACCUGUGGCUGGAGGCUCAGUGUGUGCCAGGACCCUGCCGACCAGGCUGCACCUGCGCACCGGGGAAGGUGCUGUUGGAAGGGUCAUGUGUCCCCCAUGCCUCGUGCCCCUGCUCCUCCCUGUCUUUCCACGGGACCCUAAAUCUGACCCUUGAUGAACCAAGAGGCCUGAUCCCUCCUGGCACUGUUGUACAGCAGCUCUGUAACACCUGUGUUUGUGAUGGAGGUGUAUUCUUCUGUACCGAGGAUUCCUGUGAUGUGGACUGCGAGUGGGGCAGCUGGUCUGACUGGAGCCCCUGCUCUGUCAGCUGUGGUGUUGGGGAGCAGCAGUCGGGCCGGGUGGUCCUGCGGGCCCGUCAGUAUGGUGGGGCAGAGUGUGAGGGACCCGCAAGGCGCUCCAGAACCUGCCAAGCACCCGACUGUGCGUGCCCCGCGGGGGAGCGCUGGUGGAGGGGAGGGUCGGAGGCCGCGCCCACCUGCGAGAGGAGCUGCAGGGAGAUGUACCUGGCCACGCCCUUCAACUGCAGCGAGCGCGCCCUCGAGCAGGGCUGCGUGUGCGAGGAGGGCCUCUACCGAAACUCGGCGGGGCGUUGCGUGAUAGCUGCGCUUUGCGAGUGCUACGAGGAGGGGGCGUGGAGAGAGGCAGGGACGGAGUGGGAGGAGGGGUGCCAGUCCUGUCGCUGUCUGAAUGGGCUGAAGCAGUGCCAGUCCGGGUGCCCACCUUUAGUGUGCGAUGAGGGUGAAGUUAAAGUGGAGGAGGCAGGAAGCUGCUGUCCGGUCUGCAGGAAGGAGUUCCCAGGGGAGCCUGUGGCUGAGUGUCGGCGCUACACGGAGGUCAGGAACAUCACUAAGGGAGACUGUCGUCUUGACAACGUGGAAGUCAGCUACUGCAGAGGGCGCUGUUUGUCUAGAACCAACGUCAUCUUGGAGGAGCCCUACCUGCUGGCCAUGUGCGACUGCUGCAGCUACAGGCUGGACCCGCACAGCCCCGUGCGCUUCCUCAGCCUGCAGUGUGACAGCGGCGAGACCGAGCCCGUGGUCCUUCCCAUCAUACACAGCUGCGAGUGCACCAGCUGUCAGGGAGGAGACCUAUCCAGGCGCUGACCAUGCUGAAAAGGAAGGACAGACAGCCCUGGACAGACGGACAUAGUCGCUCUGUUAAAUUGUGUUGUAGACCGUAGUCAUUAUAUGACUGAAAUCCCAUUUAUAGAGUGCCUUAUGAUACUCAGAGAUUCAUAUUAUUCUGUACAGCUUUUAUAUCAUUUCCAAUAAAAUUGGAGCAUACCCCA